GGUGGUGGGCCGCGGGCAGCGGCGGGGGCUUGUGGCCGGAGGCCGAGACGCUCCCUUCCCGUCCCUUCCCGGUCCCGGCCCGGCCCGGCCCUGGCUCCGCGGUGAGAGCGAGGCGGCCUCGGCAUCCUCCGCCCCUUCCUCCGCCCCGGGUGUGGGGACCUGCCGUUCUUUCCUCCGCGGGCCGGGCCCUACCGGUGGCCCCGGGGAGGCUUGGCCGUGUCUGGGCCGCCGGGCUCGGGGUGGAGCGGUGGCGGGAGGGGGCCGCCGUCUCCGGGGCGGCUUCUGCAGGACUCGCAGGUGGGAGGCGGUGAAGCUGGUGCCAGGCGGGCCCUCGGGAGGCCGCCGCUGCUAUAAGUAACUCUUAUCUAGGUGGCCUUGAACUCAAACUUUCUACCAGCUACAAAGAUGCAUUCCUUUAUUCUGCAAUACUGUAAGAAUUGCCAGACCCUCAUAUGAGGAUAAAGAGGAAGAACAGCCUGUUACAUGUAAUAGAAUGUGGUAACUGGCAAGAGCAGUGAAACAGGUCUUUGCAAAACAUUGAAACACAAACCAAAGAAACGCAACACUGUAUUUCUAGAGGCUCAGAGAUUUGUUGCCUUAGCUGAGAGAAGAUGACUGCAAUCAAGCAUGCUUUACAGAGGGAUAUUUUCACUCCCAAUGAUGAACGCUUGUUGAGCAUUGUGAAUGUGUGCAAAGCAGGCAAAAAGAAGAGAAACUGCUUUUUGUGUGCCACAGUGACAACGGAACGACCAGUACAAGUAAACGUGGUAAAAGUGAAAAAAUCUGACAAGGGAGAUUUCUACAAAAGGCAGACUGCAUGGGCACUUCGAGAUCUUGCUGUUGUUGAUGCCAAAGAUGCUGUUAAAGAGAAUCCUGAAUUUGACUUGCAUUUUGACAAAGUGUAUAAAUGGGUUGCAAGCAGCACAGUGGAAAAGAACACCUUCAUUUCAUGUAUCUGGAAACUCAAUCAGAGAUAUCUUAGAAAGAAAAUUGACUUUAUUAAUGUUAGUUCACAGCUUUUGGAAGAACUGCCUAAAGUUGCAGAAGAAUCUGUUCCAAGUGGAGAGAAUCAAAGUGUAGCAGGAGGUGAUGAAGAAGCUGUGGAUGAAUACCAGGAGUUAAAUGCAAGAGAGGAACAGGAUAUUGAAAUAAUGAUGGAAGGGUGUGAAUAUGCUAUUUCUAAUGCUGAAGCCUUUGCAGAGAAGUUGUCGAGAGAGCUACAAGUGCUAGAUGGGGCAAAUAUCCAGUCAAUUAUGGCCUCGGAGAAACAGGUGAAUAUCUUGAUGAAGUUGCUGGAUGAAGCUCUAAAGGAGGUUGACCAAAUUGAGCUAAAGCUGAGCAGUUAUGAAGAAAUGCUUCAGAGUGUAAAAGAGCAAAUGGAUCAAAUUUCAGAAAGCAACCACCUAAUCCAUCUCAGCAACACAAAUAAUGUGAAGCUACUGUCAGAGAUAGAGUUCUUAGUGAAUCACAUGGAUUUGGCUAAAGGUCACAUAAAGGCCCUUCAGGAGGGAGAUCUGACAUCUUCUCGAGGCAUCGAGGCCUGCACUAAUGCAGCAGAUGCCCUUCUGCAGUGUAUGAAUGUAGCUCUUCGUCCAGGACAUGAUAUGCUUCAUGCAGUGAAACAGCAACAGCAGCGGUUUAGUGACUUGCGUGAGCAAUUUGCCCGGAGACUUGCCAGUCAUUUGAACAGCGUAUUUGUUCAGCAGUUUACUCAGACCCUCCUUCAACUCUAUAACAGGUCCUACUAUCUUUCAGUUCCAGGUCAUGAUCAGAGUUCUACUCUUGCCCAGCACUCUGUUGAAUUGACAUUACCCAAUCACCAUCCAUUUCACAGAGAUUUACUUCGAUAUGCUAAACUGAUGGAGUGGCUCAAGAACACAGAUUAUGGAAAAUAUGAAGGGCUAACAAAGAAUUAUAUGGAUUAUUUAUCACGACUGUAUGAAAGGGAAAUAAAAGAUUUCUUUGAAGUUGCCAAGAUCAAGAUGACGGGCACAACCAGAGAAGGAAAAAAGUUUGCUACACUGCCUCGAAAAGAAAGUGCUGUCAAACAGGAAACUGAGAGUCUUCAUGGAAGUUCUGGAAAAUUGACUGGGUCUACUUCUAGCCUAAAUAAACUCUCUGUUCAGAGUUCAGGAAACCGUAGGUCUCAGUCAUCCUCACUGCUGGAUAUGGGAAACAUGUCUGCCUCUGACCUUGAUGUGGCUGAUAGAACAAAAUUUGAUAAGAUUUUCGAGCAAGUAUUAAGUGAACUAGAGCCUCUGUGUCUGGCAGAACAGGACUUCAUUAGUAAAUUUUUCAAACUACAGCAACAUCAGAGCAUCUCGGGAACAACAACGAAUGAAGCAGAGGAAAUGGAUGGAGGAACUUCAUCUCGUUUAUACAGUUCUGGUGUUCCACAAACAAUAUCAUCUGAGAAGGACAUGAUCCGACAAAUGAUGACAAAAAUAUUUCGUUGUACUGAACCUGAGCUGAAUAAUCUUAUAGCGCUGGGGGACAAGAUUGAUAGCUUUAAUUCCCUCUAUAUGUUAGUUAAGAUGAGUCAUCAUGUAUGGACAGCACAAAAUGUGGACCCAGCUUCCUUUCUCAGCACAACACUUGGAAAUGUUUUGGUGACUGUCAAAAGGAACUUUGAUAAAUGCAUUAGUAAUCAAAUGAAACAGAUGGAUGAAGUAAAAAUAUCAAAGAAGAGUAAAGUUGGGAUCCUUCCAUUUGUUGCUGAAUUUGAAGAGUUUGCAGCCCUUGCUGAAUCAAUUUUCAAAAAUGCAGAACGACGAGGAGAUCUAGAUAAAGCCUACAUAAAACUUAUUAGAGCUGUUUUUGUCAGUGUUGAGAAAGUUGCUAAUGAAAGCCAGAAAACACCCAGAGAUGUGGUCAUGAUGGAGAACUUCCAUCAUAUUUUUGCAACACUUUCUCGCUUGAAAAUUUCUUGUCUUGAGGCUGAGAAAAAAGAAGCCAAACAGAAAUACACUGAACAUCUUCAGUCUUAUGUAAUCUACUCACUCGGACAGCCUCUUGAGAAAUUAAAUCAUUUUUUUGAAGGCGUUGAAGCUCGUGUGGCACAAGGUAUACGAGAAGAGGAAGUAAGCUAUCAACUGGCUUUUAAUAAACAAGAGCUUCGUAAAGUUAUAAAGGAAUAUCCUGGUAAAGAAGUGAAGAAGGGAUUGGAUAAUCUCUACAAGAAGGUAGAUAAACAUCUCUGUGAAGAAGAAAACUUACUUCAGGUUGUGUGGCAUUCCAUGCAAGAUGAGUUUAUACGACAGUACAAGCACUUUGAAGGGCUGAUAGCUCGCUGCUAUCCUGGAUCAGGAAUUACUAUGGAAUUCACUAUACAGGAUAUUUUAGACUACUGCUCAAGUAUUGCACAGUCUCAUUAAGUUCUAGAAAGGGAAAGAGAAGCUAGCAAAGUUUGUGCCUGUGUAUAAGGGAAUCAAACACUAUAAAUGCUAUUUGUUUUUAAAAGGUGGAUUUCCACAUGUAUGUGUAGUUAACUGCCAUGUAUGUCAAGUUACACUCCUACUUCAAAUGUCUUUCAGGGCAGAUGAAACCUUCUGGGAUUUGUUGCUCUUCUACUGGGUUAAAGUACUGUUUGAAAGCAUUAAUUCUGUGAAACACUUUGGAUAUAGUUUUUGCCUUCCCCUCAUGUUUACUUUUAUUUAUCAUCCCUUCUCUUGCUAAAAGCAGUAAGCACUACCUUUGUACUACGCAAAAAGGAUACUACUGUUUUCACUAAUAUUUUGCAUCUUGGACAUUAUGUAAGCAUUAAAGACUUAUCGAAUCUUUUCCCUUCCUCGUUCCAGAAAGUAUGGAUCUGGAACUUCAUGCAGUGGGAAUACUGAAUUCAUGUUCUGAGAUGUGACUAUGGCAAUUAAACUGUGUUCAUCAUA